AAGUCCGUGAAAGACAGCGCAUUAAAGCGCGAUAAGAAGCUAUUACAAGCCGGAAUGUCGUCGAAUGUAACACAAUAUAAUGCGAUGGCAACAAUAAAGGUGGUAUGCUCGAUACAAGUUGUCCUUCGUCUCGCUGCAUCACGAGUUGGCGCCUUUGGUGCGAUGAUGAACGAUUGUCUGAUGGUCGUCUCUUUUCCCUCGGCAACUUGCAAACCUAAGAUCAAAUCGGUUCCUCCCUCUCCUAGAGAGGCCCUCGGCGUGCUAGUAGAGGGGUUUCCCAGAGCAGGCCCCGCGGAGUUAUCAGUGAGCAUACGACUGCUGUGCGAUGCUGUGUGUGCAUCGUGUUGUGCCUCUGCAUCUCCAGUGCACUUGUGUCUUCACGAAUUUGUUUGAACGGCAAGUAACGUCUAACCACGUAUCGAUUCGACGGAGGUGACGUAUCCAUCGAGAAAGUUGGCGUGCCGUAGUGAAGUCGCGCCGUCUCCAUCCCUUCUUUUCGUGACUUCGAUUCGUCCGUCAAACACGUGCUGAAGAUAAUAACAGGAGGAGCGACGGGGAGCUCACGCAAAUAACACUGUAACCGCGACCAAUAAUAUCGCGAUAAUUGCUGUACCGUCUCUCCAUCCCUUCUUUUAAUUAUAACUCCCGAUUCGUCUGGCACAUAUUUCCGAAGAUAAUAAUACGAGAAGUAACACGGUAACCACGGUAAACACGGUAACUACGAUUUGUUCGAUCACGGUAAAUGUAUCUGCAAACAUGGAUAUUCAUGAUUGUACACAUGAUCUAUAUUCAGUGUGUUGCGGAAGAGAAUAUCGUCGAACGUGGGUUAUGCGAGGGUUACAAAUCCGGCGAAGACGAUCUUCAGACAUUCGAUUUUAUCAGCAAGUUGAAAUUGGACCUGUUGAAGGCGUAUUACAGUGGCGUAACGAAAGUCAAAGGCAGUGACCGCAUGCAAACGGCAUAUCGGCUGGAGAAAGACACUGAUGUCACCCUUCCAGCAAAGAACAUCACACCCAAUGGGUUUCCGCAGGAGUUCACGUUGAUAUACACACUACGUGCCAGGAAAAUACCGAAAUAUCCUUGGCACAUCGUUAGGGUUGUGGACGCGGAAGGUAACGCACAGCUUCUCAUCACUGUGAAUCCCAGGAAACAGUCACUGGACUUCUCACUGAUUGACCGCGAGGGAAAAUUGCAGACUGUCUCUUUCGUGAACGAUCGUGUGUUUGACAAAAGCUGGCACAAAUUAAAUUUCGGAGUGUUCAAGGACAAGCUGGUGUUGCACAUCGAUUGCGAACACAUUGGUACGGAAAAGCUGAAGCCGCACGGUCCGAUUAAAGUCGAUGGUAAUCUGUCAAUAGCCAAGAUGAGUAAUGGUAAAGUAACAGUACCGAUCGACAUACAAUGGAUGGUACUAAACUGCGAUCCUACGCGACCGGAACGAGAAACGUGCGAGGAGUUACCGGUAGCCGCCUCGCUGAUAAAACCCGCCUGCGAGAUGAUCUGUCCGCAGGGAUCACGUGGAUUCAACGGCACAAACGGAUCACCUGGUCCACCCGGAGCACAAGGACCAAUAGGUGCACCAGGUUUAAUUGGACUUCCAGGACAACGUGGGCCACCCGGGGAGCAAGGCAGAAUAGGAGCCCCAGGUAAUACCGGUGCGAGGGGUUUCCCAGGUCUACAAGGUUCCAAAGGAUCAAUUGGACCCGUGGGUCCUCAGGGAUUACCAGGAUUUCCAGGACGAAAAGGCGAUCGUGGUGAAAGGGGCGAUACCGGUUUCCCGGGUUUGAAAGGAGAUCAAGGUCCUCGAGGAUUCCCGGGCCCGCCAGGGAACAUAAACAGUACGAUAGGCGGAUUAUUGUCGCGUUCUCUUGGGUCGCCUAUUGUGGGCGAAAAAGGAGCCAAAGGAGAACGAGGCGAUAAUAGCGCCCCAGGAUAUCCAGGCGAAAAGGGCGAACGUGGAGAAAGAGGAUACCCCGGAUCAAAUGGAUCUCGUGGGCAGGACGGUGCGCAAGGUCCUCCUGGUCCUAUGGGUCCAUCUGGACCCAAAGGCGACGUUAUAUUCACCAACGCUCCUAGCAUUCCAGGACCACCGGGUCCUCAUGGUGUAACAGGAUUGCCGGGGCCAACAGGUUUACCAGGACCGUCAGGAAUACCAGGACCUCCGGGGCCACCAGGCCAGACGGGUCCGAAGGGUGAUGUCGGAGAACCUGGUCGAGAUGGUACGCCGGGAUUGACGGGUAAUAGCGCGAUACCAGGACCUCCCGGAUCCGAAGGACCUGUCGGACCUCCUGGCGAAGACGGUUUUCCAGGCAUUAAAGGAGAGGUCGGACCGAUAGGUCCUCCAGGAUCACCUGGAGUUCCAGGAAAAGACGGAAUUCCAGGAUUACCGGGACCGCAGGGACUUCUAGGUAUACGCGGUGAUCCGGGUUCGCCAGGACCUCGUGGUUUAGAAGGGCCCAUUGGAAAACCAGGACAGCCGGGACUAGAUGGAAAAUCGGCCCAAAAAGGAAACAAAGGGCAACAGGGCGAACAAGGUCCUGUUGGACCUCGCGGGUUACCGGGCAGCACGGGGACGGCUGGCUCACCGGGUGCACCAGGUAUACCGGGAUUAGAAGGAAGACCUGGUUUAUCGGGACUACCUGGGCCACCAGGACCACCAGGGCUUCCUGGUCUCCCAGCUCAGAACGAAAAUGCAGUCUAUCUGAACAGCGAUAGUAUCGGCAAUCCAGGUCUAGACGGACCUAGAGGCCCGUCUGGUGCACCAGGAAUUCCAGGUGAAAGAGGAGCUCCUGGAGAACGAGGACCAGAAGGCCAGAUAGGACUACCUGGAAUGGCCGGCAAGGAUGGGGCACCUGGUUUACAGGGUCCACCGGGGAACAGAGGUCAAACGGGUACGCCGGGACUUCAAGGGCCACCCGGUCGUAGCAUCAAUGAAGCGGAGAUUCGAGAUAUUUGUGCCAGUGUGCUGAGAGAGAGGCUGAAAGAACUAACAGACGGUCUACGAGGGCUACCCGGGUUGCCGGGAUUGGCUCGACAGGGCCGUCCCGGUCGAACCGGAAAUCGGGGCAUUCCAGGUGAUCCAGGAUCGCCAGGUUUGCCGGGGGAACGUGGAUUCGUCGGUUUACCGGGCCCACAGGGUCCCACAGGACCACAGGGUCCGUCUGGCGAACGCGGAGAGAAAGGAGAUGGAGGUCCAGAAGGAAUUGGUAUAGAAGGACCACCUGGUCCGAGAGGGCUGCCAGGACCCCCUGGUAAUGACGGGGUUGGUUCACCCGGGAGACAAGGAGACAGAGGUGAACCAGGUAGACCAGGUGUUCCGGGUAUUAGAGGAGCGCCGGGAGCGCAUGGACCACCCGGAUUUUGUGAAUUUUGUAAUUAUCCUAGCAAUAAUUAUCUGCAGUACAAUCGUGGUAACGAGAAAGGUCCUUGAAAUACGAUAAUGAACAACGACAAAAACACAGGA